AUAAUUGUACAAUGAAUCAAAGGGAUACAUCCAUCGUCAAAACAAAAUAAAUCAGUCAAAACUAUACAUUUUCAGCCUAAAUAUCUCCAGUUGAAAGGUCACAAAACAAGCAUGUGCCAUAGCAGAGAUACUGUAUAUAAUGACGAGAUGCUCUUGUCUCCGCACUAAUUAGCGGGAAGGCAUAUACGGUCUGUUUAUCGGUCUCAUAGUUCGGUCUGCUUAUCGCUGUAUUCCCACGGGGACAGAUUUUGAUGGGAGUGGACCCUCUCGCUUCGUUUCGUCCUCUCUGGCAGUAGGCUACUUGGUCAGCUGACUGCAAACAUCUGACAAUGGUAGAACCAGUCUCGGCAGAUUGACACCCUGGUUAACCAACUAUUAUUCGCAUCCUAUGUACAUCGUCCAAUUAGAUUCGGAGGUGAUUGAAGAGCAGCGAAAGGGAAAUAUAGGGGACCGAAGAUCUGAAGGAGAAUAUUACAACACACUCUGGAUUUGCAAGUAACAUUGGCAUUAUUGAUGCAUUUAAACUGUAUUUUACGUUUUAUUGGCGGUGUGGAAGGAUUUUUCGGUAAAAGCAGGAGUGCGUAAAACUAAUAGGGUGAGGGGGGAUUGGGGGAAGCGAGCGUCGUCGGGUCAAAAUGUCGAUUCAGUACGAAGUGGAACCGCUGGCAGACAGCUACGGGGUAGCGGACUCGUUUCCCAAAGAUUUUGGCUAUGGAGAAGAGGAGGCCGACAUCGAGGAUAGCCCAACUCCAUCUGACAGCAAACCGAGAAUUCUGUUGAUGGGUUUACGAAGAAGUGGCAAAUCGUCAAUACAGAAGGUGGUAUUCCACAAAAUGUCUCCCAACGAGACGUUGUUCCUGGAGAGCACCAACAAGAUCUACAAGGACGACAUCUCCAGUAGCUCGUUUGUCAACUUCCAGAUCUGGGACUUCCCGGGUCAAGUGGACUUCUUCGACCCCACCUUUGACUACGAGAUGAUUUUCAGAGGCACGGGGGCUUUGAUAUUCGUCAUUGACGCACAGGAUGACUAUGUGGAGGCGUUGGGCAGACUCCACCUCACCGUGUCACGGGCCUACAGGGUCAACCCUGAGAUUAACUUUGAGGUGUUCAUCCACAAAGUGGACGGCCUCUCCGACGACCACAAGAUCGAGACCCAGAGGGACAUCCACCAGAGAGCCAACGACGACCUGGCAGACGCCAGCCUAGAGAAGCUUCACCUCAGUUUCUAUUUGACAAGUAUCUAUGACCACUCAAUAUUCGAGGCCUUCAGUAAAGUGGUCCAGAAGCUUAUCCCACAGCUGCCAACACUGGAAAACCUUCUAAACAUCUUUAUAUCUAACUCGGGCAUAGAGAAGGCCUUUCUGUUUGACGUGGUCAGCAAGAUCUACAUCGCCACAGACAGCAGUCCGGUGGACAUGCAGUCUUAUGAGCUGUGCUGCGACAUGAUCGACGUGGUUAUAGAUGUCUCCUGCAUCUAUGGUCUGAAGGAGAACGGCAGUGGUAGUGCCUACGACAAGGAGUCCAUGGCCAUCAUCAAGCUGAACAACACCACAGUCCUCUACCUGAAAGAGGUCACCAAGUUCCUGGCUUUGGUCUGCAUCCUCCGGGAGGAGAGCUUUGAGCGCAAAGGCUUGAUAGACUACAACUUCCACUGUUUCCGGAAGGCCAUCCACGAGGUGUUUGAGGUGGGCGUUUCCACACCGUGGACGGGCUCCCAGGCGGCCGGCACGCCCUGCACCAAGGCUGUGACACUCAACGGCAUGCCCCGGAGCACUGUCUAAACACAGACGGACACACCGACGGAGAGAUGAUAGGAAAGGACAGAAAGAUCUCAAAUAAAUAGCUGGGGAGGGAUCGUGCGGAGAAGACUAAUGGAUUGGGGUUUUCAGUAAACCAAUCAUAACUCUCCACCCAGAUCCUAAAAAUCACAGGAAGAGGACUAGAGCUAAAAAAAUUAAAUGAGUCCGGGCUGAACCCGAUGCUCAGAGGGGAAGGAGGACUGCGAGCUGACAAAGCUAGGAUGGAAGGGAAACUAAAAUGCAGAGAUACCAGGAACAUUCAUACAUUUCGUGGGAAUGCAAGGCAUUGUUGUCCACUGUUCGGCACGAAAACAGCUGAAUGAAAGUCCAACUGGACUGGUAUACACAAGCAAAAGCGUAUUUGUCAUUUGGGAACUUUCAGUGAGAUAGGCCUCACGUGCUGCAAGUCCCAAGAGACCUGAGGAAGCUUGGUAAUAUCGUUGUCUGUUUUAGCUGCUGGUUCAUCCAUGUGAAGAAGUACUUAAAAAAAAAUAAAAAAUGAAACAUUGAUGUAACCCUCGAUAAGGACAAGAAACUGCAAAGGCUGUGUGGGGAUCAGUAUAGUUGUGUAACCCUGUGCAGACUUAUGGGUCGAAGUCUCUAAGAAAUGCUUGGUGUUUAUCCAAAAUGCACAUAGUAUGCCACUUUCUCAAGGCCUUACUUCGAUUGAGCUUGCCUGUUGCAAAGGUUCUCUCACUACUCACUUGCCUGUGUGCUGCCCAAGACUUUGCUUCUGGUUUCACUCAUUCUGAAGAAAACAGGGUUCCUCAGAGUGCAAAAGGGAUUGUAGUGUCUACAUUUUUCUGCUUCUGUUGUGUGUGUGUGUGUGUGUGUGUGUGUGUGUGUGUGUCUGGAAAAGAAGAUAGUUGGCGUUUAUGGAUUCAAGACUGCCCCAUGUUGAUUUACCAGUGUCGGCCCUAUGCUCCAAGUUGCUGAAGUGUCAUACUGUAUAAUGAUAUGCCAUGUUGGAAAACUGAGCAAAAAAAAUUAACCUGUUACCAGCGGUUUGAUCAGUGAUGCUUCUAGAUUCUGAAACUACAUUCUAGAUUCUAUCUACAAUUUGUUGCAGUUGGAUAUCGGAUUCAUUAGAAUCUUGCACAGACAAAAUAUUCUAAAUAUAGUCUUCAGGAAAUACUCCAUGGCACUGGCUUAUUCUCUUGGCUAUCAAAUGAUGUAUGGAGUACAAGCACAUUCUAGAUAUAUCUAUCUCCCUUACGCAUAAAGUAGUCAGUUUAGCCAUACUUUCUGACACACAAUUGUAAUACUGCCCCGUAUGGAUGCUUGCCAUAGACCAAAUGCUACUAACAGCCAAUCAACUAUACCAAUCUUCAACUAAUGUGGGCAACUCCUACAUGUAUGACGUCACACGUUCUUUGAGCGUGACCCUUUACCCGAGCAGGUGGAGUCCGAUGCCAUUAGGAAUUAGCUAGUCUGGUCCCAGAUCUGUUUGUGCCGUCUUGUGACCAUGAAUGAAAUAGUUGGCAAGACGGCACAAACAGGUCUAGGACCAGUCUAACCAGGAAAGGUCUCUGAUGGGAUCUGUACAUUCCGGUUGUGUGGCAUAUAGCGACACAUCAUUUUAAUGAUGGUUAUGAUAAUGAUAAACAGAAUGGUGGCAAUUAAAUGGCGGUCACCACGUCUUCAAACCCUGCCUUACGUGAUUAGUCGAUUUCAUUCACUCAUCCGCCAUCGACGCCGUCCGGCGCAUAUAGGACAGAAGCAACAACUUUGGAAAUCUUCUCCACUGUGCUUUAGCUCCACUGAUGUUGGUCAGCAUUUCGGUGUCUAUAUUAGGUCAGUCUCAAAGAGUCACAAGGAGUUGGGCCAUUGCUUCUUGUUUGUCUGAGGAGGUUGGGGUUUAAUGCAUUAGGCCAACAGAUGUGGAGUGUUCUUCGCAGACGAGUUGUGUGGAAGGUGAAUUGUUUGUUCAGGUCCAGUUCAGUCACUUCCCAGCACUCUGUGCCAUUAUAGAACAACUGGUGGAUUUAGAAUUUGGUCUUUGUGCUGUUGUCUUCACUUACACAUUUGUUGGAACUUUGUGAAGGUUUCGCUUUCGCUGAGGGUUCUGUUCAAGGACUUUGUCAGUUUUAUCACAGCAAUCCACACGCAAAACAAGAACCGCAGCAUGAAGCCAAUAUGAAAACCCAUUCCAAGCAUGUAUGCAAUGAUGUGUCGUCAAGCUAAAUGAUUCUCAACAUAACAUUGCUCAUUGUAUUUCACUGUGGGUAAGGGAGACCAGGUCUAACAAUGAAAAAUGAAUCCUGGGAAAAAAAUGACAACUGUAUUAUUUUGCCCUGGUUGGAAGAAAGGUGUUUUUUCUUUUGGUUGUUUGUUUUGUUCAUUAGAUUUUUGCAAAUAGUAGACAUUUGGGACUAUAGUAAAUCCACUGUUGUCAGUUCUGCCAAAGUUUUUAUUAUUCACAUGAAAUAAACACUUGCACAUAAAAAGCAAA